AUGUCGAGGGUUAUGAUAUACGGUCACGACUCCUCUGUUGCUCAAAGCUUUAAUAUCACUAUCAAGAUCGGUGAUUCGGAAGUGUUUUGCUUUUACGAAACAUUGGAAUCGCCGACAGCGCAACGGGACAAACGCGACGAAUGGAAAAUGAUUGGGCCUACAGCGGUUCUUGUCACCAAAUCUUCGGCAACACACUGUCGCCCAUGGGAAGAUGGCACAGAGCACAUCUGUGCUAUUGCCCUUCUGGUUCCCUACAGACAAAACGCAGAUUUUGUUGGAAGAUCCGACAUUUUGGAUAAAAUCAAGUUACAAUUCGGCUUAAGCCAACAAGAAGAACUUGAGCCUUCUCAAUCACGCAGAAGAGUCUCGCUCUACGGCAUCGGCGGCGUCGGAAAGACGCAAAUUGCGUUAGCCUACGCGUACUGGAUACGGGUUUUACACCCAGACAUCUCCGUGUUCUGGGUUCAUGCCAGCAAUGCCGACCGUUUCCGCACAGCUUAUACUUUCAUUGCUGAGAAAUGCAACGUGCCCGGGAGAGAAAAUCCCAAAGCUGACAUUCUAUUGCUGGUCAAGAGGUGGCUAGAAGAACAGAAUAAAACGCAAUGGCUUAUGAUCAUUGACAAUGUUGAUGACAUAGAACUGUUUUUCCCUCAGCAGAAAAGCGACGUUCUAGAUGCCCACCAGCGAGUCGACAGACUGGCUCAAUACAUACCAGACUGCAAUCAUGGAUCUAUCCUUAUUACAACAAGGAAUAAGCAAGUUGGGGUCAAAUUCGACCAAGGAAGUCCUCUGAUUGAAGUCACCAAGAUGACAGACGACGAGGCGCACCAACUUGUGCAAGGCAUCUUAAAGACGGAAGUGUUUACAGAUGCCGUCUUUCUCUUGGCGUCUAAACUCGAACAUUUGCCACUUGCCCUCGCACAGGCAACAUCAUUUAUUCAAGAAAACACCAUAUCUAUCAGUGACUACAUUCAACUCUUAAACGAGGGAGAUAAUGUCCUCGUUGAUCAGCUCAGCGAACAAUUUGAACCUGUGGGAAGAGACUCUGAGACCCCACAUGCAGUCACGGCAGCAUGGAUCCUUUCAUUCCACCAGAUUGAACAAAGCCAGCCAUUAGCAAGCGAGGUCCUCUGUUUUUUGAGCUUAAUGCAUCGCCAAGCGAUCCCGCAAACCUUCAUAGUGGAAUAUUUCCGGCGACGAAAUCCUGAGUAUGCUCAGGGUAAUACAUUUGCCGUUCUUAUAAAAGCAUUGGGCAUCUUAAAGGCCUUCUCGUUUAUCUCAGAAGGAAAGGAUAAACACAUAGAUAUGCACCGACUAGUUCAGCUAGUUACGCGAAAGUGGCUCAUUAGCAGCGGCAGGAUGCCCGCGACUGUCGAAUGCGCUAUCAGAAUCGUGGCAUCUUCUUACCCGUUUGGAGGAUUUGAAACGUAUCAGGCAUGUCUACGAUAUGCUCCUCAUGUUAAUUCCGUGUUGGCAAGAGAAGGAACUAAUUCGAAAGCCGAGAAGGUAGACAAGUCACUACUUCUGCAGAAAUUAGGAAGAUACUAUGGACAUAAGGGUGAAUGGGAAAAUGGGGAACGAAUCCUGUUGCAAGCAGCAAAAGUGCAAGCACAAGAACUUGGAGAAGAACGUUCUGAGACACUUUCUACCAGGUGUGAUCUUGUAUCGGCAUACUUCGACCAGGGUCGGUUGAAAGAAGCAGAAGAUCUCGUGUCACGGACGAUUGAGCUGAAAAAGCGAGUACAAGGACAAGACCAUGCAGCAACUCUUGUCAGUAUGAGCAAACUUGCAUUAAUAUAUGCAAAUCAAGGCCGGUUGAAAGAAGCAGAAGACCUAUAUUUACAUAUACUUGAGACAAGAAAGCGAGUACUAGGAGGCGACGAUUUAAAGACGAUUGAGAGUAUGAGCGACCUUGCAAAGUUACGCAUCCAACAAGGCCAAGUGAAGGGAGCAGAAGAAAUUGCACUUCGGGUAAUUGAGAUACAGAAGAAAGUCCUUGGGGAGGAACAUCUCCGUACCAUUGGCAGUAUGAACGAUCUUUCUUUAGUUUAUCGCGAGCAGGGGCGACUGAAGGAGAGUCAAGAUUGGGCAAUACAGGCAACUGAGAUAUGCCAACGAGUGACCCAAGGGCGGUUGAGAGAGGCAGAAAACCUGCAUCUCCAGGUGGUCGAGAUAUCGAAGCGGGUGUUGGGGGAAGAGCAUCCAGACACAGCGGCAAUAACAGGCAAUCUCGCCCUACUAUAUCUGGAACAGGGGCGAUGGAAAGAAGCCGAAGAUCUCGGAUUGCAGACGAUACGAGUAUUGGCCAAUGGACUAGGCCAGGAACAUUCAGGCAACUUGAUGGGUAUAAGUAACCUUACAAUGGUAUAUGUAAAACAAGGACGAUGGAAGGAGGCAGAAGAUCUAUUGAUGCAGGUUAUGGAAGCGAGAAAAAGAACACUGGGAGAAGAGCAUCCAGACACAAUUAUGACUACAGCCAAGCUUGCAAUAGUGUAUCAGAUGCAGGGUCGAUGGAGAGAGGCAGAAGAUUACGGAUUGCGGGCAAUACAGGCAAUGAAGAAUGGACUGGGGGAAAAGCAUCCAAACACCUUGAUAUACAUGGAUAAUCUUACGGGGCAGUUUAUACGGCGCAGGAGCGAUGGAAAGAGGCAGAAGAUCACGGAUUGCGUGUGA